GCCCUGAGCCCGGGGCUUGCCCUCGACAUGGCCGAGCGGCGCGAGGGCCUGGGGGCCCGCCUGACUCGCCGCCUGGCCACGCUAGGGGUCCGCAGGGAGCGCAGGGAGAAGCAGACCCCAGAGGAGGCCAUACCCCGGGAUAGGCCCUGGGGUGGCCAGAGCUGCCCUAACCUGGCCCAGGACCAGGGCAGCACCAGCAAUGUCAGCCUCAAGAGCCAAGCCCAGAGCUGCUCAGAAUGGGACCUUCGGGAAGCGAGCCGUGGUUCCUGGCUUUGGAAGCGACGACGACGACGACAACACAGCUCCAUGGGGCUCGCUCAGCCUCUGGGACGCCUACAGCGGCCAGCCGUGGGCAGUGCCUCUGACAUGGCCCACUAUGCCUCUGCGGGGUUGGAGAGCCCAGUACUGGCAGCAGAGCCUGCUGGUGCCAGGCACCCCUCAUGCCCUGUGCCAGUUCCUGGACGGUUAGAACAGGAAAUCCCAGACAGUGCUUGCCUGCAACCCCCGUACAUAGCCCCAGAGGUCCCUCUGAAUCCUGAGGCACAUGGCAACCUGGAAGACAUGCUGCCCCGCCCAGCAUCCUUCCCAAUGGCAGCGGGGACAAAGGGCGAGCCUGCCACCCCAGAGCCAGCCCUGCCAGUGCCGGCUCAGAUUCUACCUGAGCGUUCCUCUGCCAGCAGGACCCGCUACCACAUCACUGUCAUCCUGCAGGGGUGUGGGCAGGCACCUGGGGAAGAGGGUGAGGAGCCCAAACCGGCCCAACCAGCUCUCCACCCCUUCUGCCCCAAGGAAUCCAGGGGCCGGCGGAAUCCUCCCCAGGGGCCCCGCCCCAUCACAGGGUGCAUGACUGAACCACCCCAGGAGCCCUGGCUAAGAGCCCCACCGCAUCAGGAGAGCACAGACCAGCGGCAGGAGCUUCAGGCCCCCUGGACACCUGGGUCCCCACACAGACGGGAGCUGGGCUGCAGUGAGCCAAGGGCACUUCAGGACAGGUUGCUGGAGCCCAACAUGGAGGAGGCAGGUGGGCCCCCAGCUAGGGCCGAGGCCCGAGUAGUAAGUGCCAGACUGACAUGGCGGCAGCGGCCCCCUGCCCAGGAAGAGAUAAGACACCAUUUUCACAAGGUGUCCCUGGUGUCCGGGGCCCAGAUGGAAGGCCCUCAGGAGGAGCUAUAUGGGUACUGCCACCAUGGAGAGGAAGUCAAUGGCUUUGCUGCACCGGAAGAGACUCUUAAUCACCAAGGCCCCAGGCAUGGGGCUGGCUCCGAGAGCUUCCAGAGCCACGGGCCCAUCUUCUCCAAGAAGUACACACUACCUCCCAAGGAGAAAAGGCUGGUGGGGAGGCUGAAAGAGGCUGUGGACCAGGGUGAUGGCAGCCCCCAAGGACCCAGAACUGAGCCGCCAAGCCUGGGAGCCAUGUCCAGGACUGAGCUUUUGGUGCCUCUGCCUGGGCCCCGUGAGCCGAGCCCCCACCCAGGUGCAAGCCUCAAGGAACGGCGAGUGACACGCACUGUGCGGACCACUGUGGUGAUGGGAGGGCACGUGGACCGACGAGUGAGCAGCUCUGUGACCUUGGGGCCAGCGCUCCCUGGUGAAGCCCUGUCAAGGGGCCGCAAUGCUGUGCGCACAGUCCGGACAAUCGUGGUGAGCCCCAAGGCUGAGGGCUCUCCCAGCCGAAGUCAGGCCCUGGAGCUAUUAAGCAGCCUGGUGCCUGUUGAGCGAAACCCACCUGCCAACCGGCUUUCCAGGCCCAUGGCUGCUGUGCCAAGGAGUCCAGGUCUGGGCAGCACAGGGGGCACAGCCGUGGGACAGUUGCCUAAGAUGGGGACAACAGAGCCAAAAGACAGAUCUGCCCUGGCCCCUGCAGGCAUCCCAGAGGGUGCUCACCCACCUCAAAACCGGGAUGUGUCUGCAGUUCACCCAGACCAAGACCAGGGCCGAGCCCGGGCCACCAGGGCCCAUGAGGUCCCAAGGGUGCAGGAAGCCUCCUGCCCCACCCAGUUCCCUGUCCAGACCCACACCCCCUCCCUGGGCCUAGUGCACUCCCCUGAGCAGCCUGUGGUGCCCACUCUCCCCAGGGCCCAGCUUACUCUUGAUCUCAGGGCAUCCCAAGCCCUGCCCUCUGUAAAAAGGGAAGGGCUCACAGAUCCCCCUGCUGCCACCGUCAGGCCCAUGGUAAGGAGUGACGUUGUUACAGUCCCUGGACAAUCUCUUGCUCCAUCCUCUGCAAGAAGGAAGGCUGACCCCAGCCCAGGAAAUCUUUCUAUUCCAUCUUCCCCAAAGAAUAAGGUUGUUCAGGACUCUGAAAAUGUCCCUAUUUUCUCCCUCACCCAGAAAGAGAUAGUACAGGGCCCUGGUGUUCCUGCUGACCCAGCUCUCACCCAGAAAGAGGUUGUGCAGGCUACUAGUGUUCCUGCUGCCUCACCCCCCAAGGCAACCAAGGUUGUCCAGGGUCAAGAAGGCAGACCUAACACCCCAAAAGAGGUUGUCCAGGGUAUUGAAGACAGCCUUGCCCCUUCCCUUACGAAUGAAGAGUCUGUUCAAGGCCUGACUGCUCCUGCUAGCCCAUCCCCCAAGGAGGAUAAGGCUUUCCAGGGUUCUGAAGGGAGCCCCAUCUCAUCUCCCACACAAAAAGAGGUUCUCCAGGGCCCUGGUGCUUCUGCUGUCCCAUUUUCCACCCAGAAAGUGGUUGUCCAGGGUCCAGCUGUUCUCCCUGUUCCCUCCUCCCCAGUGAGCAAGGUGCCUCCCAGCCCAGGAGUCCCCCCGGCCCCAGUGCCGAUGGGAGCAGAGGCCAGUCUGGAGUCCCAGCUUGUCCUUGACUCCACCAAGGGCAAGGUGCUCCCAGAGCCAACAAGGAAGGAGGAGGAGGUGGCCCUGGCAGCUGACCUGGAGAUUUUCCUGGAUACCCUGCGGAGCAUGGAGGCCCCUGAGAUCCUCCGCACUCACCGGCUGCCACGAGCCCCCCGCUCCUCUUACCUGGCCAUGUAUGCCACGCUGCCCACCAUCGAGGAGGACCAGCCUGGGCAGUGGGUGCUGGGGCCCAGCCCCCAGGAGGUUCCUGCACUGGAAGAAGAGGAGGAGGAAGAGGAGCCAGAGAACCCCUACCUGAGUGAAGACGAGAAGCUCCAGCGCAGGCAGGAGAAAGCCAGUCCCAGCCCCGCCUGGGACUCCCGCCCAGCCAGGCCCCUGCAGGCCUCUUCCUCUCCUAUGGAGAUGAUGAAGAAACAUGUCACAGAGGCCAAGGGCUCCCAUUCAAAGCCAGGGCCAGAGUUGCAGGCAAGCAGCAGGCCCACUUCCCGUCUUGGAGGCAGCCUUCUCUUUGGUGGUCUGGAACCACUGGGCACAAAACUAUCUGCUCUGCCACCCCAUGGGGCACCGGGGCUCAGGAAGGUGCCAGGACAACUGCCCCUUCUCUGCAGUGAAAGGCCGCUGCCAGAGAAGCCUGAAAGUGCCAGGCCCCUUGAGGGCUGGAGCCCAGCAUUGAAGAACCAGGGCAAGCUGAACACCAGGCCUGGAAAGAUAGUCCUCUUCUCGGAGCCCGGCUGCCAAGGCAGUAGCAGGGAGGUUUGGGAUGACAUUGCUGAUGCCUCUGGCUGGGCCCGCGUGGCCUCCGUAAGGGUGGUGCGAGGCUGCUGGGCGAUCUAUGAAGAGGUGGAGUUCCAGGGCCAGAAGCUGGUCCUGCCUGAAGGAGACGUGGAACUCAGAGCCUCAGGGCCAGGGUGGAGUACCCAAGGCAUCGGCUCCCUGAGGAGGGUUGUCCGGGACUACAUUACCCCAGAGAUCAGACUGUACUCUGAGGAGGGUCUCAAGGGGGAGCAAGUGAAGCUAACCGAGGCCUUGAAGGACCCCCAGAGCCUGGAGAGGCCCCUGCAGGUGGCAUCUGCCACUGUCUCUGCAGGACUGUGGCUGCUGUACCCCAAACCUUUCUUUGAAGACACUCCCUGCAUCCUGGAGCCUGGAGAGUACCCCACCUCAGAGCCCUGGGGUACAUCGAACUCCAGUGUGGGCUCCCUGAAGCCCAUGAGAUUGGGCUGCCCAAGAGUGGAGAAGCCAGGGGAACCCAAGGCUGUAGUAUAUGAGGCCCCAGAUUUUCAGGGCCGGAGUUGGGAAGUGAGCGGAGACAUCUACAACCUUCAGCAGCCAGAGGACAGCCACAGCCCCCAUCUGGCCUCCGUGGGGUCCCUGCGAGUUCUUGGGGGCUGCUGGGUGGGCUAUGAGAAGGAGGGCUUCCGGGGCCACCAGUAUCUGCUGGAGGAGGGAGAAUAUGCUGACUGGUCACACUGGGGAGGCUAUGAUGAGGCGCUGACCUCCCUGCGGAUCAUCCGGACGGACUUCGCGGACCCGGCCGUGGUGCUGUUUGAGGCCAUGGACUUCGAGGGGCACGGCGUAGAGGUGAGCGAGCCAUUGCCUGACGUGGAGCUGGCGCGACACGGACCCCACACGCAGGCUAUCCACGUGCUCAGCGGAGUGUGGGUGGCCUAUCAGGAGGUGGGCUUCUCCGGGGAACAGUAUGUGCUGGAGAAGGGCGUGUACCGCAACUGCUACGACUGGGGUGCGGGCAACAGCGCCCUCGCCUCGCUGCAGCCGAUCCUGCAGGUCGGAGAGCACAAUCUACACUUUGUCUCGAAGAUUCAGCUUUUCUCUGGUCCCGACUUCCUGGGAGAUCACAUCUCAUUCGAGGAUGACCAGACCUCUCUGCCCGCCUCCUUCCAGCCCCAGUCCUGCCGUGUCCACGGCGGCAGCUGGAUCCUGUUUGAUGAGAAGAACUUUGAGGGUGACCAGCACAUUCUCUCUGAAGGCGAGUUCCCCACUCUCACGGCCAUGGGCUGCCUAGCCUCCACAGUCCUGGGCUCUCUCCGGAAGAUACCCCUGCACUUUUCAGAGCCCUCCAUUUUUCUGUAUGGACUGGAGUGCUUUGAGGGGAAGGAGAUUGAGCUCAACAGGGAGGUGCGGAGCCUGCAAGCCGAGGGCUUCAAUAACCACGUGCUGUCUGUGCGGAUCCAGGGGGGCAUCUGGGUACUGUGUGAGCACAGCGACUUCCGGGGCCGCCAGUGGCUGGUGGGCAGCUGUGAGAUCACCAACUGGCUGACCUACAGUGGGACCCAGAGGGUGGGCUCCCUCUAUCCCAUCAAGCAGCGCCGGGCUUAUUUCCGCCUCUGGAAUGCGGCACUGGGGGGAUUCCUGGCAGUGCCUGAGCGCGUGGAGGACAUGAAGGCGGGCCGUGUGGUGGUCUCCGAGCCCAGACCUGGAGGCAGCUGCAUCUGGUACUACGAAGAUGGGCUGCUGAAGAACCAGGUGGCCCACACCAUGAGCCUGCAGGUGAUUGGGCCCCCCAGCUCAGGCUCCAAGGUGGUGUUAUGGGCUGAGAGCCGCCUGCCCCGCCAGACGUGGAGCAUCAAUGAAUCGGGCCACAUCUGCAGCCAGAUGUUCGAAGGCCGGAUCCUAGAUGUGAAGGGUGGCCGGGGCUAUGACCGGGACCAUGUGGUGCUGUGGGAGCUGGCAGAGGACAGGCCAUCCCAGAUCUGGACUGUUCAUGUGCUUUGAUACUCACCCUCCCAGCCCUGGCGGCUUUCCCUAGGAUGAAAUGCUGGCUUCUUCCCUCCCUGCUCCAGGUCUGGAACUCAGAGGUAAGGCUUCCCUCUGCCACCAGAGGGAGCCUUGGGACCAGACUAACUGGUGAGUGAGGUGUUUUUGUUUUUACUGCGGUCACCUCAGAUGAUGUGUUCUGAGAGCCUGCUCUCAUCUAGGUCUGGCACUAAACUGUGGGGGCACACACAUGAACCAGGCCCCUUGAUCAAGUUCCCCCGAGGGGACUCACAGGUUCAGCAGCGGAGGAUUCCCAUGAGUAGGGUGAUCUCUCAGUGACAGGGUAAGGACAGAAGUGGAGGGAUGCACAGCGGAAGGACCUAAACCAUUUAGGGAAUCGGCAGGCUGCUCAGCUGAGAUGUGGAGUAUGGGAAGGAGUCAGCCAGGCUAGAGGGUGGCAGAGGCCGCGUUCUAGCCAUGCAGACAAGUCCGGGGGUGAAAGUUGGAAGUUCAGUGGGUUGGAGGCACAGUAGGCAGGGCAGGAGAGGUGAGUAGGGGAGCCACACCCUACGGGCCUUGCCUACCAAGGCUCGUCUCAAUUUCCCUCGGCUCUGGUCUCAAGGCCUAAAGGUUUGGCCUCAGUCAAAGAAGCCAGAAUAGGGGGUCUGUGUCCCUACCCCAGCUCAGAGAGGGCAGGACAGAGAAGAGCAGCAGCUCCUCCGUCCCCCAGUCUUAGCAGGCACUUCUCGGCCUCUUGGCCAGGGUCCUUAGGAAGAGGCAGAGAUGGUCAAGGCCACUGUGGCCUUCUCUGGGGCUCCUUUCCCUCUCUACAGCCCCCAAUACCAUCAUCCCAACCCAGGAGGGGUAGGAGGGGGUAGGAAUGGUUAGAGCAGCUGUUUGUUCUAUCUCCCUUCCCAUAGGUAGAUAGGGCAAAAGUGGACAGCUGCCUCUUUAUUCUUCUCAGCCCUCCCCACUCCAUGGUUGGAGACGUGAGGAUGUCUGUGAGGCUGGGAAUGCCUAGAGACUAGGAGGGG